AUGGCAGAGCCCAAACCCGAAUUCCUUCGCUUCACCGGCCACCGCGCCUUCACACAGCGCCUGGUGCUCGCGACACUAUACGGCCGACCGAUACACAUUUCCAAGAUUCGUAGCUCAUCGGCAACCAACCCAGGCCUUGCGCCGCACGAGAUUUCCUUUCUGCGACUUCUCGAGUCUGUGACGAACGGCAGCAUCAUCGAUGUUUCGUACAGCGGCACAACCAUUACCUACCAACCGGGCUUGAUCACAGGCACCGUCCCAGGCAUGAACGCUUCGCUCUCAAGCGACGCGAUUGAACACGUGAUUCCGGCAACGAACACCCGCGGCAUUACAUACUUCCUGAUUCCAUUAGCGCUACUCGCGCCCUUCUCCAAAGCUCAUCUGAACGUGCGAUUCACUGGUCCGGGUGUCAUCACCUCUGCCACUCAUGGCGCCCGCGAUCUCUCAAUCGACACAUUCCGUACCGCUGUGCUCCCGCUAUACGGCCUUUUUGGCAUCCCUCCAGCACGCAUUGAACUGCGGGUGCUACAGCGAUCGUGCGCUGGACCCGGGGGCAAGGGCGGCGGCGGAAUUGUUGAGAUGCGCUUUGCGAGUCAAGUGCGCCUACCCAAGACGCUGCACCUUAACCGUCGGCCUGGAAAAGUACGGCGCAUACGCGGCGUUGCCUAUUGCACUGGUGUCGCAGCGAGCCACAACAACCGCAUGAUCACAGCCGCCCGCGGCGUGCUCAACCAGCUUGUGUCGGAUGUACACAUCGCCGCCCAAUACGACCCGGCCCCUCUGGUGGCGGAGAAGGGCACUACGCAGAAAAAGAAGACCGGAAUUGGGUUUGGGUUAAGUUUAGUUGCGGAGACGAGUGCUGAGGGGGUAAUCUAUGCUGCUGACGAAGUGGCUCCUCCAGAAGGCGGCGUGGUGCCUGAAGACAUUGGCGAGAAGUGCGCUUACCAAUUAUUGGACGUGAUAGCUCAGGGCGGCUGUGUCAUGGCUGCAUCAGCGCCAACUGUUCUUACGCUGAUGGCCAUGGGCUCAGAAGAUGUGGGAAGGUUAAGAUUGGGUAGGAGAGUGGUGAGUCCAGAGUUGUUAGAACUCGCGAGGGACCUGAAAGCGUUUGGAGCAGCAAGCUGGGGUAUACGAGAUGCCGGAGACGAUGAAGAUGAUGCCGAAGGGGAAUUGGGCGAUCUUAUAGUGUCGGUUAAGGGUACAGGUGUUGGCAAUGUCGGGCGCAAGGUUGCAUAA